AUGUCUCCAACCCAACUUUUCAUGGCAAGCGCUUACUACGAUGCUGAAUCAGAGGGGAUCGUGUACUGGGUCAAGCCCCAACCCGAUCUUGAGGACAUCUAUGAUUCAGAUGUCGAUAGUGACUCAGGCGAGUCAUCUAGUUCAGGUGACACAAUUAUGUCGUGUGAGAUAUCAGAUUACUUCUAUGAGAUUAACGGCAGAAUGUUUGUCAAUAAUCCUAAUGCACCCAUAUGGCAUCCCAUAGACGAAUAUCGGCGGUUAGACUUGCAGCAUAAAUUGCUCAAGCUUGUAUAUCGAGGCAAUUGUUUUGGACCCGUUGCCGAAGUAUUACAACCCCGGCAAGGUUAUACGCCUCGGGUACUGGACAUAUGCACUCGGAACGGAGCCUGGGUUCAAGAGAUGGCGCAAGAGUUCCCUCACGCUCAGUUUCUCAGCCUGGACGUAGCUCCCAUCGCUGAACAUAUUCCGAGGGCAAAUAUAGCAUUCGAAGUAUACGAUAUAUCCACCGGUAUCUUAGAGGAUGAUGAGACCUUUGACUUUGUGCGGAUAGCGCAUAUAACCGAAACGACCAAAGACGUACCGAGCAUUUUGAGAGAGGCUCAAAGACUUCUAAAGCCAGGCGGGCUACUCCUUGUAGUAGAGUCCGAAACCACACUUUACGAGAGCUUUGAUACUGAUCAGCCUUCAAUGGAAUCAACCCCCCUGACCCACAAAGCGAUUGAUACAUUGCAUCGCGCACUAGCCGCACAAGGGGUCGAGGUCAACGCCUGUCGGCUUGUCGCGGAAUGGCUAUCUCCGGAAUCUUGUGUCUGGGACGGCUGUGAACCCGGUUGUUUUCUUCCGUUUGAGAAUAUUAGGUCGGGCACUCAAAUAGCUUGCGCUGGCGGAUGGGACACAGAUGUUAGGCUACAGGAGAUACGGCUGCUACUGGCGCAAUAUGGGACCAUUUCCUGGAGGAAUUUGUCUGCAACAAUCUCCACACUAGGAUUGUGCGAGCAUGAAGUUCGGGAGCUUGUUAACGGCGCGGUCAAGGAGCUGAAAGACCCUUGCACAUCGUAUGCGACAAAAUUCCACCAUGUCUUUGCCUACAAAAGCCUGUCUAGAGCUCAGUAG